AUGACGCUCAGCACGCUCGCCGGACUCGCGACGACGCUCGGCGCGGUGGUGGCGGUGUGGAAGAAACCGGACGCGCGCGCGAUGGCGUUCUUGCUCGGCGUCGCGAUCGGAGUGAUGACGUCGCUGUCGUUCGUGGAACUGUACGCGAAGAAUGUCAUCGAGCACGGGUUCUGGAGCGUCACCGCGGCGACGCUGGGGGGGGCGGGGACCGACGAUGAAAAGGAUGCCAUCGCCGCUGGAAGAGUGAGCAGGGCGCGGUUGUUGCGAUUGGGGAUUUUGAUGGCGUUCGCGAUGACGCUGCACAACUUGCCAGAGGGGUUCGCGGUGGCGUGCGCGUCGUAUACGACGAUUGGACCGACGAUGGCGUUCGCGAUCGGAAUGCAUAACGUCCCAGAGGGUAUCAUCAUCGCUGCCCCGGUGUAUGCAGCGACUGGAAGCCGAAGUCGAGCCAUUCUUCUCGCCACCGCGAGCGGGUUGUCGGAACCAGUCGGGGCGCUCAUCGCUUUGAAAUUCAUGAAACCGUACCUCACUCCAACGCGUUUGGAACAUCUCCUCGCCGGCACUGGUGGGAUUAUGGUUGCUGUGUGUGCGCUUGAAUUGUGGCCCGAGGCGAGAAAAUGUGGAAAUAGUGACAAUAUGUACCGUGGGGUCAUCUUUGGCGCCGCUCUGAUGAUGCUCACGUUGUAUCUCGGCGCGUAA